GUUUACUGCGGAAGCGGAUUGCGCGGGGCCAAAGUCACGGAUUGACUUCUCAAGACUGAUCUUGUCUGAAAAUGAAGCCGGGAGGAAGAAGAAAAAAAGAGGCAUCCAGAACGGCACAUUCCCAGGAACUGUUGACAUUCAGGGAUGUGGCCAUAGAAUUUUCUCAGGAGGAGUGGGACUGUCUGGACCCUGCUCAGAGGGCUUUGUAUAAGGACGUGAUGUUGGAGAACUACAGGAACCUGGUCUCCCUCGGAAUCUCUUCUUCUGAGGUGAAUAUUAUCUCCAUUUUGAAGAAAGAGACAGAGCCCUGGACUGUGGAGAACAAGAUGAAAAUAGCAAAAAAUCCAGAUGUCUCUCCUACAUGUGUCAUCAUGAAAUUACCACCAAAAGAGACGAUUAAUAAAGGAGAGUUAUACAAGACAGUGAUGUUGGAAAGACAUGAAAGUUAUGGCAUCGAGAAUUUUUACUUCAAACAAAUCAGGGAAAAUAUUGAUGAGUUUGAGAGUCAGUGGACAGGUAAUAAAAGAAAUGACAAAGGAAUGACCAUGCCCCAUAACAAAAAUCUCACUUUUAGAAAAGAACCACAUAAUAGAAGAGAUGAAGGAAACAAGUAUAUGACAUGUUUUGAAAAUAAGAUUGGACUCAGCCUUCAGUCACAUCUGGCUGAACUGCAGAGAUUUCAGAGUGGAGAGAAAAUGUGUAAGUGUAAUCAAGGAGAGAAAUCUGUCAACAGUGAGCCUUCAGUUUCACCACUUCAAAGAAUUCCUCCUAGAGUCAAAACCAACAUUUGUAAUAAAUAUGGGGAGGUAUUCAUGCAUCCUUCGUUGCUUACAUUACACCAGAAAACACACAUUACAGAAAAAACUUACAACUGCAAUGAAUGUGGGGAGGAUUUUAGCCAGAUGUCAAUGUUUGCUAAUCUUGAGGGAGUUCAUUCUGUGCAGAGACUUUAUAAAGGUAAUGAGAGCACCAGAGCCUUUAAGUGUGGAUCAGACAUCACUAAUACCAGAGAGAAACCAUAUAAAUGUAAGAUAUGUGGCAAGUUCUUUUGUCAGAAUUCAAACCUUGCAAAUCAUCUGAGAAUUCAUACUGGAGAGAAACCUUACAAAUGUAAUGAGUGUGGCAAAGCCUUCAGGUGGCGCUCGGUUCUCACCAAACAUCAUAGAAUACACACUGGAGAGAAACCACACAAAUGUAUUGUGUGUGGCAAGGCUUUUAUCCAUAGAUCAAACCUCGUGGAACAUCAGCGAAUUCAUACCGGAGAGAAACCUUACAAAUGUAGUGAAUGUGGUAAGGCGUUUAUCAAUAAUUCAAGCCGUGUGGAACAUCAGAGAAUUCAUACAGGAGAGAAACCUUACAAAUGUAAUGAUUGUGGCAAAGCCUUCAAGUGCAGCUCAAAUCUCACUAGCCAUCAGAGAACCCAUAAUGGAGAGAAAUUAUUUAAAUGUAAUAUGUGUGGCAAGUUCUUUAGUAAAAAUUCAAGUCUUAUGACUCAUUAUACAAGUCAUACUGGAGAGAAAUCUCACAAAUGUAAUGAAUGUGGUAAGGCUUUUCUUCAUAAUUCCAGCCUUGUGGAACAUCAGAGAAUUCAUACUGGAGAGAAACCUUACAAAUGCAGUGAAUGUGGCAAAGCCUUUAGGUGGCGCUCAGUUCUCACCAAACAUCAUAGAAUACACACUGGUGAGAAACCACACAAAUGUAGUGUGUGCGGCAAGGCUUUUAUCCAAAGAGCAAACCUUGUGAAACAUCACCGAAUUCAUACCGGAGAGAAACCUUACAAAUGUAACGAAUGUGGUAAGGCUUUUAUCAAUAAUUCAAACCUUGCAGAACAUCAAAGAAUCCAUACUGGAGAGAAACCUUACAAAUGUAUUGAUUGUGGCAAAGCCUUUAAGUGCAGCUCAAAUCUCACUAGCCAUCAGAGAAUCCAUAAUGGAGAGAAACCAUAUAAAUGUAAUGUAUGUGGCAAGGUCUUUAAUCACAGAUCAAGCCUUACAACUCAUCAUAGAAUUAUACUAGAGAGAAACCUCACAAAUGUAAUGAAUGUGGCCAAACUUUUGUCCAAAGUGCGAGCUUUGUGGAACAUCAAAGAAUGCAUAUUGAAGAGAAACCUUACAAAUGUAAUGAAUGUGGUAAGGAAUUCACCAUGUGUUCAUACCAGUUGGUUCAUGAAGAAAUUCAUACUGGAGAGAAAACAUACAAAUGCAGUGAGUGUUGGGAAGCCUUAAAUAUGGCCAACACCUCACUAGAUAUGAGAGAAUCCAUUACAGACAGAAAUUAUAUAAAUGUUAAGUACAUGGCGGAAUCUCUGAGUAGUGCAAAUGGUUAACUGCCCA